UGAGUCCCUCCUAAGAACAAUGUAGUUGUAUAGGUGUAACUGAGGGCCCAAUUUGAAGCCCAUUGGUCUAUACAGGUGUGAGGGAGGAGAUAAUUUGGAGCUGAUUGGAUUGCACAGCUGUGACUAAGUGUAUAAAUGGGAGAUAAUGAGCUAGCUUGACUGUUAAGGGCCUGAUUUGGCCUGCAGGAUCUUUAUGAUGGGGAAAGGAAGUGAUGGUUGACUUUCAGACUGCAUGAAGAGUUUGCAGAUGUGCUGACAGUGUUCCCUUAAGUGAAAGAUUGAAGGUUUAACUAAGGAUAGCAAAGAAAAGAGGGGAGUGAGAAGACAGGAGCCAAAGAAGAGCUUGAACAAAAGGCUAGAACAGUAGAGGAGUGAUGUAGGUGAAUGCCUCUCAACCUCUCAGGAUCCGCGGCACCAGCUACCAGAGCCCCCAUGGGAUCCCCAUCGACCUGCUGGACCAGCUGCUGAUCAUCUCCACCACGCCCUACAGCGACAAGGAGACCAAGCAGAUCCUCAAGAUCAGGUGUGAGGAGGAGGACGUGGAGAUGAAUGAAGACACCUACACGGUGCUGACCCGCAUUGAGCUGGAGACCUCCCUGCGCUACGCCAUGCAGCUCAUCACCGCUGCCAGCCUGGUGUGCCGCAAGAGGAAGGGCACGGAGGUGCAGGUGGAGGACAUCAAGCGGGUGUAUUCCCUGUUCCUGGACAAGUCCCGCUCCACCCAGUACAUGAAGGAGUACCAGGACGCCUUCCUCUUCAAUGAGCUCAAGGGAGACACCAUGGACACAUUGUGAUCCCGCCUCUCUGCUGCCCCCUUGCCGCCGAAUCCAGCCCUUUCCUUGGUUUCUGAUUUUGUAAAAUAAACAUUUUGGAAAAAUAAAAAAAAUAAAAAAACCUGUCAAUGCCCCAAAAUGGGCCACCAAGCAUAACAAAGGCCUAUAAUGACGGUCACACAAUUAUUUAUGCAGGAAACUUGAAAGAAUAUGGGACUGAUUCACUUAAUGUCAGCAACACUUUCUAUAACCUCAACUUCAUGAUCCUUUAUUUCUGAUGCCAGUCAUUUUAAAUAAUAAAGAGGAGAGAACAUAAGAUGUGUGUGGAAUGUAGGGAACUUUGAGCUGUCCCCCAGAAUGAGGGACAUUUGAGAGAGAGUGGUGCAUGAGAUUUAUGGGCUCAGGGGCUGAACUCUUCACCCCCAUUCUAUUGUUUACUACAAGGUAAAAGAACCAGAACAGUGGUAAGGGGCACUAAAAACCCCAUAUCCAUCUGAGAGAAGAUUCUCCUGGCCCAGCGACUGCAGGAGUCAGCCAUAAAUAUGUCCUUCAAAGCCUCACUCAGACGUCCUGGCCUACCAGGAGUGGGGAUUCAGCACUGUAGAGAUUCCGGGUCAUGCUGUAGCCUGCUGGGAUUGUUACCCAGGGUUUUCAGAACCCAAAGCAGUGGUAACUUAACUGUUUCACUCCAGGUGGUGUCAGGAAUAAAUCAAUGGGAAUGCAGCAAUUCCCUCUGAUGGGAGAUUAACACAAGUGAGUUAAAACUACAAUUUAUUGGACUCAAGCACACACAGACAUAAGUAAUAGGUUUAGAACAUCCCACAUAAUUACCUAGAAUCUGAGAUGGUAUUGAGUAAUUUACAGCAGGUUCAUGAUGGCCGGUUGCUUCACCACCGGGGAGUAU